GCUGCGCCGCCGUCCUGCUCGGCACGCCCGCCGCGCCAGAUCGCCGAUAGCCGGCCUGGUUCGCGAGCCGCCGCCAUGGGAAACCACCACUCGCAGACGGUGGAGCUCAACCCCACGUGGUCGCACUCGUUCCCAAGAGAGAGGGAGAAGAAACUGCUCAAGUACGGCGCCAUCCAGGACUCGGCACCCGCCCGAAAAGUGCUGCCGGAGAGGGUCCCCGGCCAGAAGCUGCGCCUCACCUCCAAUGGCAACAUUCUGCAGCAAGGUGGCACCAUCAGCGGCCGCCGACUGGCCGCGGCCCACAGCUUCAGCCCGCUGCCUGACUGUCAGCAGCCCCGGUCCCUGCAGCCGGGCAUGGGGGACGGCAGCGAGGAGCCGUCGGUCGCGCCCGACCCCCACCUCCAGAAGGGUUACGACAGCGAGCCGGACCUGCGCGAGUCGGCCGCCGAGUCGGACAGCCACCAGCCAGACCACCAGGCGCGCACGCUGGCGCGCGACCCGCCGCCGCCGGACAUGCCGCCGCCGCCCGUUCCCACCGCCAGCCAGCCGGAGCAGGGCGAGCGGCCACGGAAGCGGCUUUUCAAGCGGCACGCCGAGGGUCGCGAGGGUCGCCGGCGCCCGGGCGUGCGCUCGCCCAACUUUAAUCGCGCGCUCUCCGAGGAGCGCUGGGUGCCGGCGCAGGCGGAGGCCGAGCAGCGGCAGGCGCGCGCGCGCAGCAUCGACUGCAUCCGGGCCCAGGCGCUGGCCAGCGAGCAGGACGAGCAGACGGUCAGCUGCUCGAGCCUACCGCGACCGCGCGGCACGCAGCGCAGCUCUGCGGAGCUGGAGCGGCAGCCGGUGGCCGGCCAGGCCGGUCUGCGGGGCACCGGCGGCCGUAGCAGCAGCGAGGGGGCGCUGCAGUCGGCCGCCGGCCGCGCGCACGGCGUCACCCUCCAGCAGGCGGUCAGCACCGAGGACCACAGGAUCACCAUCACCAUCAGCUCCGGCUCCAGCGAGGGCGGCAGCAACCAGAAGGACGGCAAGCGCAACAUGUUCUACUUCGGCAUGGAGCCAUCCGGUGAGAAGCGCAGCGACGGCGACGGCAAGACCUCGGCACUCGCCAAGGUCAAGCGCAACGAGCAUGUGUCGAUCAACGGCUCCAGCGUGAGCUACCGCAAGCGCACGGCGAGCACCGGCCGCGCCAAGAGUCACAGCUCCGGCGACAGCUCCGAGUCGGCGGUGCGGCCGGAGCCGCGGCCGGCCGCCGGCGUAGCGCGCAUCCCGUCGCGCAAGCUGGCGGACUUUGUCAGCAGCCUGGAGCGUAGCCGCAAGAAGCUGCUCUCGGCCAGCCGCGACGAGAUCCUCACCAACUCGUCGGCGCUCAGCUGCAAGUCGCAGCAGUCGAGCGUGUUCGACCUGGAGCUUGACGUGGGCACGGACGAGUCCAUCUCGAUGCAUCUGCGGCCGACGCUGCCGCGCAAGCAGCUGGAGAUCCCCCGCUUCUCGCCACUGUCCGCCUGGCGCAGCCUGACGCUGGAGCAGGCGGCCGCGCGGCCGUGGCGCGGCGCCGGCGACCUGGACAUCAGCAGCGGCGGCGAGGAGGGCGUCGGGGCGCUGAAGCCGGGCCAGGCCGUGCCGUUCACGCCGCCGCAGCUCAUGUCGCGUGGCGACAUGUUCCAGGCGGCGGAGCGCGAGGACGGCGCGCGCCCGGCCAAGAGCCGGCGCGGAGAGCGCGGCCUCUCGCCGCACACCUACAACAGCCUGCGCCAGAUGAAGCGCUCCGUGUCCACGGCCAUCAACGCGCUGCGCCGCUCGCCCGCCCACUCCAUCGACGAGAACUGGCUGUUGAGUCGCAGCGUCCCGAGCUCGCUCAACGGCGGCGACGACGAGCCGGCGCCGCGGCCCAGCGAGGUGCGCUCGGACGGCGGCGGCGCCGGCCGACACGUGCUCUACCUGCCGCAGUACCACUCGCUGAAGGCGGAGCGCAGCCGCCCACGCUCGCCCACCGGCUCCAAGACGAGCCUGGCUGGCCUGAGCGGGCGCGGUGGAGAGCGGAACGAGCGGCGAAACGAGCGGCGUGACGAGCGGGACGAGCGGCGCGACGAGCGGCGAGACGGACGGGAUGAGCGACGCGACGAUUGGCGAGAUGAUCGGAACGAACGGCGAGACGAGCGGGACGAGCGGCGAGACGAGCGACGCGACGAGCGGGAUGAGCGGCGCGACGAGCGGCGCGCCACGCCCGAGAAGCCGCCACGCAACUCGCUCGCCAACGGCAAGAAGAAGUUCUCGUACCAGAGCACGGUGCGGAUGAUCGAGAAGAAGAAGCUGGAGGCGCGCCUCAGCCGGCAGGCCGAGGAGGAGGAGCAGCAGCGGCUCCGGGAGCUGCAUCUCCUCCAGCAGGUGGAGCAGCAGUUCCAGCGGAAGCGCGCCAGGGAGCACGCCGAGCUGCAGCGCAGUCAGCUGCUGGCGCAGGAGGACGAGCAGCGCUGGCCGCGCGCC